CGCUAACAUUACAGGAACUGGCUGCGCAACAGAUUCCAUUUCCACACGUGCACAAUUGACGUCAACACGGACGCAACAUGGCGAGCCAUCUUCGCUUCGUAGCUCGGACUGUCAUGGUCCAGAACGGCAGUCUCGACGCGGCAUAUGGCGCGCUGAGCAGAGUGCUGUCUUCUGAUGGAAUAAUUGAAUCUGUAAAGCGAAGAAGAUACUAUGAGAAACCUUGUCGUGAGCGAGAGAGAAAGAGCUAUGAGAACUGUAAGAGAAUCUACAACAGUGAGAUGGCCAGAAAAAUAUCUUUGGUAUCAAGAACACAAAGACAAGAUCCAUGGCUUGGAUGUUAAGAUGACAAACUGACUGUUCAUGUUGAGUCAGACAUAGUGAUCUGCCUCAAAAUAAAUAUUCACUGGAACAUUUUACAUGUUCACCAUUAAAAAAAUAAUUGCAGGACUGUGUGUCAUAACCUUAUUUCCAUUUUGAAUAUUGUGAUAUUGUUGACUUAACAUGCUGUCUAUAAACUGCUGUAUGUUGUUGAUAAUAAAAAGCUGUCAAAUCAUAAGAACUUUUCCAUUAUUGACCACAGGUUCAUUUGUCAAAAAAAUAAUAAUUGGUGUUUUAUUGGCUGUAGAAAGUAUAUUUUCUGAACAUUUGAAAACCGAUAGCAAUUAAAAUGUGCACAUUGAGCAAAGUUUUAAAUAGUAAAUUAAUUCAAAUAAAAGGUAAACAUUUUAAAACAUGCAAA